AUGCUCUUGCCGAUAGAGUUGGCCCCCGACAAAGUAAGUCGCGUUACACAGGCAAAGCCUCCCAGCCGGCCAGAAGACCACUUACACUACCGUGUACGAAAAGUAUCUUACCGGAGGAUGUUUCCUGUUAGUCUUGAAUUUGUCAGGCGUGCGUUCCAUUCACACUUCUCGUACACCACUUUAAGAUCUCAGGAUCGUGCAGAUGAAGGGUGACACUGUGCUGACUGAGAGCAACAUUCGUGAUGCCACAGUAACGUCCAGAGUGAUGGCCCCUUACAAGUUGAGAAUCUGCCAGAUCGGCUGCCUAUCGCGUGCAAUGGAAUUUUUCUGCAUGGUCGCAACUGCUGCUUCAAAAUAUUUGAGGGUGGCCGCGAGAAAGGCGUUCCGUUGUCCGCCAAAUGAGGUUGUAUUAGGUAGACCAAAUGCGGGACCAACGCCAUCCACUGUAUUAUUCGAGAUCAGCCGCGAAUUAACCGGUUCACAGUUCGCCAAAUCAGGUCGUGCGUGAGAGACAAGAUCUUGAUCAACUGCAAGAUCCACGUCGUCCGUCGUUCUCGACAGGAAACUCUUGCCAAGCUGGCCUUCGUGGGAUCGAGUUUUACACGAACACCGAUUGAUAAAUCAAACGCCCGCAAAUGCCGGCUGGUUUCCUUUCAGCAUUCCAACUGCUAACGCCAGUUUUAGGACACUUUCCUAGAUCAGUUUACUUCGAAAUAGUUUUUUGGGAAAAGACAUACAAAUAAAUUUACCCCAUGUUUGUGGGGGACAGUCCAACGACUGCAUCUAGUGGUCGUUAUGUCGAAGCGGAUUGUGGAUAAUGUGAUAGUCCCAUAUGGUGCGAUAGGAUGCUUCUUCUUUUCACUUCGUACGUAGCAAUCAACAUGCGACAGUUGUAAUUAUCGCCUGGAUAAGUGGUUUAUGGAGUAUGAAAGUUACUUAUGCUACUAUGUAAAAUUUAGCAAUAAUUGUUGGUGUAGUACAGACGCUGCAUCAAACGCUAGGUCUCCCCACAUAGGGCGGUCAGUAACGCAACUAGAUGGAAGUGUGCAAUCCCUACUUGUUAGUUUAACCAUGUGCGCAGGGAACUUCAGAACGUGGUGACUUCAACGCGCAUAAUCCCAUGCAAAUACUGUGUCGCGCUGUCUUCCAAUGAAUGCCUCACAAAGUAUCCUCAGGUUUUAUUCUGCCAUAUGAGGUAGAGCGACCAUUACCUGCCAACCAUGUCCUGAAGUGAAAGUUGUGGAAUACCACAUGUUCACUACAUAGUGUUCUGCGAGCAUUAAUCCUCGCGAUUUGUUCAUUUCAAGAGAGUUCUCACAUCCGAGUUACAGGCGUCUCCCGUCCGUGCUAACAGUAGCUUUCAAUUGGAUAAUUUGAUCAAGCCAAUUCUUGGGUACCUGUGACUUGUCGCCUAUGUUAUCUUGUAUCAAAAUGUCAUGGUUAUAGUACGUUCUUGUUCCUACAUCCGAGGAGGGACGGCAGUUGGUUACAUUCCUCUUUCCUCUCCUGUGCUGAAUACAAUCUGUUUGGUGAAGCUGCUACGUAUAACACAUUUGCCCAGUUUUUGCACGCAUUCGAUGUUCCUGAUCGCUAUAACUUCAGAUACCUCAUUGUCUAUCAGCCCUGAUAACAUGCGACGAUUAGGACCAAUAAGCACAUUUGAUUACACUUUCUUCGCGUUCCUGUGCCAGGCCCGUUCAUAGCCGUCCGUUACGCCAGACCCUAUCACCCGUAUAGUUGGGGUGGAAAUCGUGCAGGUUGUGUCGCGCAUAACACUCUUGUGCGCCUAUCAAUAGUGGUAAAACGGGCAGAUAAUUUGAGUGACUCUAAGACGGCCAAAGUGCUGACGCAGGAGUUGGAAGUCAUUCUAACGUUCCUAGUAUUUCGUCUCACGUACGAAUUUGGAGACUGCCAUUCUCUGUCUCAGAAAAAAAUGUCAGUUCUCCGAUUGCCCAAACUAAAUUUUUGAUUGAUGACGACGUGCUUGUGACCUUCUGUCAUGUAAUUUCCCAAUUUAGUUUUCCUGUGUUGAGUAUUUUAUUUGACUGCAAUGAACGACUCUAGGUAAGGCAAAUAAUAAGGAAGCUGUUAACCUCUGUGACUUCCAGUUUUAUCCUCAAGAAAUGUCUGUUUGGAGUUUUGGACUGUCAUCUGCACGCGUUGACGCCUGGUCAAUAGCAUGCCCCCUGUUGGUUUGUGAAAGCGUUCAAUGAACGAGUAACUCUGGUCAAAAUUUUCAUUAUCCAUCUUGACUCAACCAUCGACUGAACUUCGGUUAAUUAAUAUACAUCGUAUUAUACUACUUUGUACGUGUAAGUAACAUUUAUUAAUUAUAUUCAAAUUGAGGGCCUUCGGAACGCGUCAUUAUCGAGACGCUGGUCAUGUAAGGCAAUUGGUUUUACGAUAAACAAGAUGCAGACGCAGGACUUUGGCUAGGGAAGUUCUGUCUCCUCCCUCCCUCGAAACUGUCGAUCGGCAUCAUCGGUGGCAAUCGUUACAGGAGAAGACAAAAUGUAGUGUAUGGAGAGCAAGUAAAGGACAUGGGUAUACAGAAAAAGUAGGACGAGGAUGAUGAUGAUGAUGAUGAUGCUGAUGAUGAUGAUGAUGAUGAUGAUGAUGAUGAUGAUGGUGGUGGUGGUGGUGGUGGUGGUGGUGGUGGUGGUGGUGAUGAUGAUGAUGAUGAUGAUGAUGAUGAUGAUGAUGAUGAUGAUGAUGAUGAUGAUGAUGAUGAUGAUGAUGAUGAUGAUGAUGAUGAUGAUGAUGAUGAUGAUGGGGAGCGGAGUGAAAGACGAUGA